AUGGCCGACGGCGAUUUGGCGGCGGCGGCCGCGGCCAUGCUGAAAAAGGACGCGGACGACGACGACCACGUGAGCGUCGGGUCCGGCCUGUCGUCCGACGAGGAGGACGCCGCGCCGCGCAAGCCCGCGGGCGGCGCGUCCCAGAGCGAGGAGCGCAAGCGCCUCAUCGCGGAGAAGAUGUCGCGCAUCGGCGGCGCCAAGGGCGGCUCGGCCUUCGCGCCGCCCGCGCGGCGGCGCCUCGACGCGCCCGACGCGACGACGUCCUCCAUGGCCGCCGCGGCGGACGAGCUCCGGAAGGCGCUCGGCGGCGAGGGCGACGACGACGAGCCGCCGUCGCCGGCCAAGUCGAAGCGGAGCAGCCUCGGGUCGCCGGCGGCGCGCGCGUCGCCGACGCGGGACCUCACGGCCGACACGCUCGACAAGGCCGCGCGGACGCUGCUCGGCGAAAAGACGGACGCGACGUCCGAGGCGCUCAACCGCGCGGCGAGGACGCUGAGCCCCACGAAGGAGCUCGACGGGUCGCGGCGGAGCUCGCCGACCAAGGGCCUCGAGGCCGCCGCGCGGCGCGUCGCGUCGCCGACGCCGCCGGACGUCGAGGCGGACUUGGAGCGGGCCGCGAGGGCUUUGAGCACACCCGACGACCUCCUCGAGGCCGCGGCCCGCAAGCUCGCCGAGGAGGAGAAGAAGCGCGGCGGCGGCACCGACGACGACGACGUCGCCGCCGCCGCCGUCGCGCUCGCGGAAGCCGAGCCGGACGCGCCGCGCGUCGUCUCGUGGGCCGCGNGCGACGCGCGCGACGGCGAGACGGGCGAGUGGGUCGAGGGCGUCGUCGUCGCGGCGCUGCCCCGCGGCGGCGCGGAGCUGCGCUUCGGCGACGACGUCGUACGCGUCGAGGGCCCGCGGCUCCGGGCGCCGCGGGACGCCUUCGCGCGCGCCGCGGCGGCGGCCUCGCGCCAACUCCGGAGCUUCCUGCUGUCCAAGGGCCCGCGGACGCGCGACCAGCUCCUCGCGGCCUUCAAGGACGCGGACGCGGACGGCAGCGGCGUCGUCGACCGCGGCGAGUUCCGCGCGCUGCUCGAGGACGCGGGCCUCGUCGUCGACGAGACGCGCGCGACGGCCGCGGCGGCGACGGAGACGGUCGGCGUCCGCGUCGACGCGUCGUUCAAGCUCGACCUGGACCAGGCGACGACGGCGAUCAUCGUGAACCGCGGCGACGCCGGGGACCUGCGGCCCGGCGACGAGAUUUUGGCCGUCGGCGGCGCGACGUUAGCGGAGGUGUCGCGCGAGCUCGCGGCGAACGUCGAGCGCGAGCGAACGGGCGAGCUGCCCGCGGGCGAGCACGCGGGCGUCGAGAAGCUCGCCGCGGAGGUCCAGCGCCGCGUCAAGGCCGCCGGCGCGGGGUGCGCGCUCACCGUGCGCCGGUCGUCGCCGGGGCCCCUCGACGCGCGCGUCGCGGCCGCGCUCGGCAAGGCCGUCGGCGUCGACGCGGGCGGCGGCGCGUCCCACGAGGACCUCGUCGCCUUCGCGCUCGAGGACGCGCCGCGCGACGGCGACGCCGAGCUCGCCGUCGUCGCCGACGCCGCCGCCGCGGCGCUCCGGGGCCCCGCGCGGGCCUCCGGCGUGCCCGAUCCCGGCGCCGCGUGGGACCGGCUCAGGAAGGCGGCCAGGGCCGACGCGAAGAAGGCGACGCUCGACGCGUCGGCGCUGAAGAAGCACCUCGGUACGCUGAAACUCCCGCUCUACGCGCCGGGCUUCGGCGUCGGCGGCGAACAGGAUAAGACGGGCAACCCGGACCGCGCGCCGUCGCCGGGCCAGGCCGCGGCCGUCGUCCGGCGCUGCCUCGACCCGAGCGGCGACGGCGCCGUGACGCUCGCCGAGUUCGCCGCCUUCGCCUUCUGGCCGCCGCGGCCCGCGCCGGACGUCAAGCGCGCGGUCGCGGCCGCGGCGACGUCCGCGGCCGCGCGCGACGGCGAGCCGUCGCCGGCCGCGGCCCUCUUCCGCGCCCUCGACCGCGACGGCAACGGCGCCCUCGGCCGCCAGGAGCUCGUCGACGGCCUCGGGAAGCUCGGCUGCGGCCUCCUGCCCGACGAGCAGAGGGCGCUCGUCGACGCGCUCGACGGCGACGGCGACGGCGUCGCGGGCCUCGGCGAGCUCCAGGCCUUCCUGGGCGAGCCCGUCGACGAGUCGAAGCGCCUGAAGCAGCGCGCGGCGCCGCGGACGCCCAGGGCCGCGCCCGCGGAGGCCUGGGCCCCGGCAGCGCCCCGCGCGCCGCGGCCGCCGGCCGCGGACGCGCCGCGGCCGGAUCCCGAAGCCCCGCUCCGCGAGGCCCUCCGCGCCUGGACCACGCGCUGCGUCACGCUCGAGACGGAGAACGCCAAACUCCGCGAGCGGUGCGCGGCCCUCCGCCGUCGGCCGGGUCCCGCGGCGCCGCCGGUCCCCGCGGCGCCGCCCGCGGCCGCCGCGCCGGCGCCGCCGCCCGCGGCCUUCUCCGGCGACGGCCGCUUCGCCGCCGUCGCCGCGCGCGCCGUCGGCGCCGCCUGCGGCGCCGUCUUCGUCUGCGAGCGGGCGGCGCUCGCGGCGGCGUGCGCGUUUCUCGAGGCGUCGCGCGCGGCCGACGCCGCGGGCCGCGACCGCGACCGCGCGGCCGCGCGGAAGCGCCUCGACGGCGCGCGCGCGGACCGCGUCGCGUCCGACGAGGCCUGCGCCGCCGCGCGGGCCGCCGCGCGGCGCCUCGAGGCCGAGCGCGCGCGCGCGGCGCCCGCGAGGGCCCCGAGGGCCGACGACGGCGACGGGUUCGCGGUCGCGCGGCUCGAGCGCGACCUCGCGCGCGGCGCCGAGGACGCCGCGGAGCUCCGGCUGCGGCUCCGGCGCGCGGGCGACCGCGAGGCGGGCCUGCUCCGCGCGUGGAGGGCCGCGCUCGCGCGGGAGACGGAGGCCAAGGCCGCGGCGAAGCGCGCGGAGCUCGACGCGCAGGCCAAGCUCCGCGAGGCGCGCAAGAUGCUCGGCGCCGCGCUCCGGCGGACCCAGGAGUGCGAGCGCCUGCUGGACGCGGACGCGGCGAAGCCCGCCGAUCGGCCGCCGCCGCCGCCGAAGACGGGCCGGAAGCGAGGCGUCGCGGGCUCGGGGUCGUCGAAGAUCGACGCGAGCGCGCUGAGGCGCUUGACGAUGGCGAUCUGGACGAGGUUGAGCGCGAAGGCGAUGACGCAGUCGCCCGCGAUGGCGCCGACGGGCGCGUCGGCGAGCGAGAAGCCCGGCGCCGUCCACUCCGUCGCGCACGCGCCGACGCCGAGCGCGAGCGCCGUCUUCUACGACAGUGCUCGCGUGAAGCGGACCAUGCUCGGCAAGCUCCACUACUGCCUGUCCUGUCCCGGCUGGUCGAAGGUCACGACGGAGCGCGUCGUCUACUCGCGGUGGGACCUCGUGCCCCUGGAGCGCGCCGCGCCGAUGCUGUGCCUGGGCUUCUUCGGCUGCUGCGACGGCGCGUCGACGGGCUGGGAAGCCAUCGCGCCCGCCGGCGCGGCGGACGAGGGCGGCGCGUGCCCGCGCGUGCCCGUCGGCCGCACGCUCGACACGUUCGACAGCGACAUCGUCGUCGACGCGUCCGCGCACCAGACGCUCUGCCAGAUCUGCCGCGGCGAGGGCGACCUCGUGUUGUACCGCAAAUCCGGCGCGGACCUCAGUGACCCCAACGAGCUCUUCGUCGUCUCGGACGUAUACAAGCCCCUGGACGUCUUCAACGAGCUCACGUUCGAGCUCUCCAAAGUAGACGUCCGCGGCGGCGCGGCGCAGGUCCUGGGCGCGCGGAUGGGCGCGACGGUCUGGCGCCUCGACGCGAGGCACGACGCGCCGCCGGCGAAGCCCUUCCACGGGGAGCGCGAGUUCACGUACUACGACUCCGAGGGCGCCGCGCGGACGUGCCUCGGGAGCGUGCGCAACAGCGAGUGGUACAAGAUCACGUCUGAGCGCGUCGUCUUCACGGACUGGGAGUACUGGUACCCCUGCGACAGCCCGUCGUCGCUCUGCUGCGCGCCCCUCCACUGCGCGCGGGGCGUCGCGCGCGAGUGCUGCUGCGCGCUCGGGUCCUCGGUCCACGCCUACGACCGCGUCGUCGCGCGGCGCGCGGCCGCGGCCGCGGCCCGCGACAAGAAGCGCGCGUGCGCGUGCUGCGCGCUGCCCGUCGGACGGAGCGCGGAGUACUUCGACCUCGACAUCGUCGUGGACAUCCAGGCGCACCAGAGCUGCUUCCAGCUCUGCGUCAACGAGGGGGAUCUGAAAUUUGGCAGGCUCCAGGGCGCGGACGCGAGCAACGACAGCGCCGCGGAGGCGUUCUUCGUGUUGAAGAACGCGCCGGAGGCGUUCGGGCUCUUCGACGACCUCUCCUUCGAGUUCUCCAAGCUCGACCUCACGGCCUUCCGGCGCGGCGCCCUCGUGAAUGACAUGCGGUCGGGCUCGUUCUCGUCGUCGCGCCCGGCGACGGCGAAGUAA